AUGGCCGCAGGCGUGAUCCAGCCUCUCUGUGACUUCCAGCUGCCCCUGCCCUCCCUCCGGCCCUUCCUGCCUCCAGACCCGGAACCCCCGGACACUUCGGAGGAGGAGGAGGAGGAGGAGGAGGAGGGGGAGGAGGAGGGAGAGGAGGGGGAGGAGGAGGAGGGGGAGGAGGGGGAGGUAGGGGAGGAAGACGAAGAGGACCUGGAGGGGGACGGGCCAGGGGCCCACAGCCCAGCCCCCCACAGCUCAGGGUGGGCCACAGUUGCCCCGGAAGAGGCCUCUCCAGGUCCCAGCAGCCCCGAGAUGCCCCUGCAGCUGCUGCGGUUCUCUGAGCUCAUCAGCGGCGACAUCCAGAGGUACUUUGGCCGAAAGGACGGGGGGCAGGACCCAGACGCCUGUGAUGUCUACGCUGACGGCCACUCGGCCAGCAGCUCGGCCAGGGAGCUUUACUGCGCGGACCUGGUGCCCCUGGCCCAGGGCGGGUCCCCCAGCGAUGACAGGGCGGCUGAGCCUGGGGCCCACUCCCCGAGGGGCCCCGAGGGGCGGGGGCGUGAGACCGGCGCCGGCGGAGAGAGGGCGCAGCGGCUGGGGCCGCUGGCCGAGCUGUUUGACUACGGGCUGCGGCAGUUCUCGGCGCCCCGGGCGUCGGCCAGCCAGCGGCUGCGGCUGGAGCAGAAGUACGGCCACAUCAGACCCAUGACGCAGAGGAGGCUGCCCCCCUCCUUCUGGAAGGAGCCGGCGCCCAGCCCCCUGGGCCUGCUGCACCCCGGGACUCCCGACUUCAGUGACCUGCUGGCGAGCUGGUCGGUGGACACCGGCCCGGAGCUGCCGGGCAGGGGCGCCCAGGCCCUGGAGGGCGUGCGACUGGCCGAGGCCUAG